ACCACUAACAGCACUCAACUGACAGAGCCAAGAAGAAUUGGGGUUUCUCUCGGUGUGUUUUAAGAAUUAAAACUUAUCAAGCUGGGCUUAUGUUCCUCAACACACAUCCUGCAAAGGACUUUUUCACACCGGAGGAUGACUAGGAGUUAAAGAGCGAUGCUGUAGUCCAGUCAAGAGACACACCAAAUGCAAAAGAACUGGAGAGGACCAGUGCAUCUGGUCCAUAAAAUGCAACCAUGCCGACAAUUCUGCAAACAACAAAAGAGACUCUGGAGUGUUUAAUGCGGCGGAGGUCUGAUUUGCCACAGCACAAUUUCACGAGAGUGAGGUAGACAGGAUGGGACUGUAUGGGAGCAAACGCCACCAGUCCACGCCACAAAAGCAAUGUGAGGCUGCGAAUAGGCAAAAACUUCAGAUAUUCUCCAGGAAGAAACCUCCUCCACCCCCGCCCCCAUUCAGACAACAUAUUAGAACCUCGCCUCUAAACCAAACAUCACAGCAAGAUGAGGACUUUGUGAUUGUACUGUAUGAUUUCGCCUCCACGAGUGACCGCGAUUUGGAGCUGACCAAGGGAGAGAAGCUUCAAAUCCUAUCUAGAGAUGGGGACUGGUGGCUGGCAAAGUCUCUCACCACUGGAAAGAAGGGUUAUGUGCCCAGUAACUUCGUCGCACAAAUGGAUACCUUGGAAGUGGAAAAAUGGUUUUUUAAAGCUCUCAGUAGAAAAGAUGCCGAACGGUUGUUGAUGGCUCCUGGCAACAAAGUCGGGUCUUUCCUUGUAAGAGAGAGUGAAACAAAUAAAGAUGCCUUUUCACUGUCCGUGAGAGACAGCACCUCUGCUCAAGGCGACAUCAUCAAACACUACAGGAUCCGCUCCUUAGACGGCGGGGGAUACUACAUCUCCCCCAGGAUCACCUUUUCCUCACUGCACCAGCUAGUCCAGCAUUACAGCAACAAAGGGGAUGGUCUGUGCCAGAGGCUGACCACUCCAUGCACAUCCCUGGUUCCCCAGAGGCCCUGGGUGCAGGACGAAUGGGAAAUCCCACGGGAGUCUCUGAAGCUUGUGAAGAAACUUGGUGCAGGACAGUUUGGAGAAGUAUGGAUGGGGUAUUAUAAGAACAGUGUGAAGGUGGCUGUGAAGACCCUAAAGGAGGGAUCCAUGCCUCCCGAUGCCUUCCUGGCUGAGGCAAACUUGAUGAAGAUGCUCCAGCAUGACAAGCUGGUCCGGCUCCAUGCAGUAGUCACCAAACAGCCAAUCUACAUUGUGACAGAGUACAUGGCCAAUGGGUGCUUGCUGGACUUUCUGAAGACAGAGGAUGGAAGCCAGCUAACUCUCCCGAAACUCAUUGACAUGUCAGCCCAGGUUGCAGAAGGAAUGGCAUACAUCGAGAGAAUGAACUCUAUCCACCGAGACCUGAGAGCAGCCAACAUCCUUGUCUCUGAGACGCUCUGCUGUAAAAUUGCUGAUUUUGGCCUGGCCAGGAUAAUAGAAAAUGAGUACCUGGCCCAAGAAGGUGCCAAAUUCCCUAUUAAAUGGACAGCGCCAGAGGCAAUUAAUUUUGGGGUUUUCACAAUCAAAUCUGAUGUCUGGUCAUUUGGGAUUCUUCUAACAGAAAUUAUAACCUAUGGCAGGACCCCUUAUCCAGGCAUGACCAACCCCGAGGUCAUUCGGAACCUGGAGCGGGGCUAUCGCAUGCCAUGCCCAGACGAUUGCCCUGGAGAACUCUACACCAUCAUACUGAGGUGCUGGAGGAGUAAGCCAGAAGACAGGCCCACCUUUGAGUACCUGCAGUCCGUCCUCGAGGAUUUUUACACGGCAACGGAAAAGCAGUAUGAGCCAGAGCCUCUGCCAUAGCCAGGAACCUCGCCACCCCCUGUGGGACAGCGUUGCAGGAGACGGAUGACAGCAUGGAGUGCUGGCUGGGGAAGAUCCUCCACUAAGCCUUCUUCAGCCACUUAGCUUGGGUAUCCUGUGGACAUCUAAUAUAGGCUUUCCCCUCCCCCUUGUUUGGUGUAUGCAGAUCAGCUCCAGAUUAUGCUAGGAAAUGAUGCAUUUUGGAGGCUUCUGGGAGGGUGGGGGGGACUCUGCAAGCCUGUGGAGAUGCAAAGAGAAGCGUAAUCAGUAAUUGGCAGAGCUCAUUCAUCCCUUGCAUGGGAGUCCGAGCCCAGGGAGUCGGUAUCUGCAUCACAGUCAUUGGCAUCACAGUAGGGGCCAGUGGACUCCCUUGUGGGAUAAGAGAAGAUAAGGGCUGACCGGCCCAUGGAGACUGAUGUACUCCCUGCCCCUAGAGCUGGGUCCUUCCUGUCAGGGGGUUGACAGGGCAUCAAGGGAGAAGCUGGUCCUGUCUCUGUCAGUGCUGCACUGGUUUGGCUGGGGCCUUUAAUGUCCAGGACUGCCAGUCCAUGCAGCACCUAUUGCAGGCCAGCAAAUAAAGAACUUUGUUAUCCAA